CGCCCGCCGCGGCCCCGCGGCGCGGGCCCGCCGCAGCGCAGCCGCUCUGAGUGACUCUUGAUGGAAGAGCACGGGGUGAGCCAGGCAGAGCACAUGGCUACCAUCGAGGCGCACGCCGUGGCGCAGCAGGUGCAGCAGGUGCACGUGGCCACCUACACGGAGCACAGCAUGCUGAGCGCCGACGAGGACUCGCCCUCCUCGCCCGAGGACACCUCCUACGACGACUCCGACAUCCUCAACUCCACGGCGGCCGACGAGGUCACCGCGCACCUGGCGGCCGCAGGCCCUGUGGGGAUGGCAGCAGCUGCUGCUGUGGCCACGGGGAAGAAGCGGAAGCGGCCGCACGUGUUCGAGUCCAACCCCUCCAUCCGCAAGAGGCAGCAGACACGAUUGCUCAGGAAGCUGAGGGCCACGCUGGAUGAGUACACCACCAGAGUGGGGCAGCAGGCCAUCGUGCUGUGCAUCUCACCCUCCAAACCCAACCCUGUCUUCAAAGUGUUCGGUGCUGCACCCCUGGAGAACGUGGUGCGCAAGUACAAGAGCACCAUCCUGGAGGACCUGGAGUCGGCGCUGGCCGAGCACGCCCCGGCCCCCCAGGAGGUGAACUCAGAGCUGCCCCCCCUCACCAUCGAUGGCAUCCCCGUCUCCGUGGACAAAAUGACCCAGGCACAGCUGAGAGCCUUCAUCCCCGAGAUGCUGAAGUACUCCACGGGUCGUGGGAAGCCAGGCUGGGGCAAGGAGAGCUGCAAGCCCAUCUGGUGGCCCGAGGACAUCCCGUGGGCCAACGUCCGCAGCGACGUCCGCACGGAGGAGCAGAAGCAGCGGGUGUCCUGGACCCAGGCCCUGCGCACCAUCGUCAAGAACUGCUACAAGCAGCACGGGCGCGAGGACCUGCUCUACGCCUUCGAGGACCAGCAGACGCCGCAGACCACGACCACGCACAGCAUCGCCCACCUGGUGCCCUCCCAGACCGUGGUGCAAACCUUCAGCAACCCCGACGGCACCGUGUCCCUCAUCCAGGUUGGCACGGGGGCCACGGUGGCCACGCUGGCCGACGCCUCCGAGCUGCCCACCACGGUCACCGUGGCACAGGUCAAUUAUUCUGCGGUGGCUGACGGAGAGGUGGAGCAGAACUGGGCCACGCUGCAGGGAGGGGAGAUGACUAUCCAGACGACGCAGGCCUCGGAGGCCACGCAGGCGGUGGCAUCGCUAGCCGAGGCGGCGGUGGCGGCGUCGCAGGAGAUGCAGCAGGGAGCCACUGUCACCAUGGCACUCAACAGUGAAGCCGCUGCCCACGCCGUAGCCACGCUGGCCGAGGCCACCCUUCAGGGAGGGGGACAGAUUGUCCUGUCUGGGGAAACUGCAGCAGCAGUGGGAGCGCUCACAGGAGUCCAGGAUGCCAAUGGGCUGGUGCAGAUCCCGGUGAGCAUGUACCAGACGGUGGUGACCAGCCUGGCGCAGGGGAACGGCCCGGUGCAGGUGGCCAUGGCGCCGGUGACCACGCGCAUCGCGGACACGGCCGUCACCAUGGACGGGCAGGCCGUGGAGGUGGUGACCCUGGACCAGUGACCCCGGAGCAGCCCCCGGCCCUGCCCAGCCUCCUCCUCCUCUGCAGAUUUUUUACGCCUCUCCAGAGAUGCAAUCAGGUGGCAUUUUGAGUCUCCCGGCUUUGGAAACAAAACUUUUUUUUUUUUUAAUUUUAUUUUUUUUUUCUCUCUUUAUUUUUUUUUUUUUAAUCGAGAAAACUAGCAAAAAAAAAAACACACAAAAAAACCAACCAAAUCCUGGCAGAGGAUGUGUGUAAAGUGCAUUUUUCUAGCGCCACUCUGCUCUCGGAGGAACGAGAAGCCAAAUUGUGACGGGACUUUGAUUCUGAGGAGGUUGGAAAGAAAAGGAAAAGAAAAAUAAAGCGACCCUUGAUGCCCCGUUUUCCCCCACGUGGGAUCGAGCAGGAGGAGGCUGGGGGGCAGCACGGACACCCUCGGCCAGCACCGACCUCGACAGCAAAUUAGGUAUCAAAGAUUUUAAUAUGGACUUUUAUAUUCCGAAAAACCCGCUCCGGAUACACAAACAAAACAAAAAAAAAAAACAACAAAAAA